GCAGGAUCAAACUGUAUAAAAGAACUAUAAGCUACAGGGAACCCCGAAGACAUCAGGAAGACCCAUCUUCAUCAUAGCAAGCUCAGUCAUGGCGGCCUCUGAUCCCCACAAGAUGAUGAGCAAAGCUGACAAGCUAACUAAGCUUACUCUUACAAGGUGGAGUGCAGAUUGGAAAAAUGCUACUGCCCUGUAUGAGCAGGCUGCAAAUGGAUUUAGAAUUGCCAAGGAUUAUGAGAGAGCAAAAGAAGCUUAUGAGAAAGCUUCGAAAGGACAGGAAAUGCUUUCUUCACCUUGGGAUGCUGCUAAACAUAUGGAAUCUGCUGCUGGUCUAGCAAAGGAUCUAAGAAACUGGAAAGAAGUUGGGGAUUUCUAUCGAAGGGCAUCUGAACUGUACAUCGAGUGUGGGAGACCACAACCUGCAUCAGAUGCUCUAGCGAAGGGAGCCCGUGCUUUGGAAGAUUCUGUGCCAGAAGAGGCAAUUGAGUUGUAUACUGAUGCUUAUACAAUUCUUGAAGAUGAUGGAAGAGAACAAAUGGCUUUUGAUCUAUAUCGUGGUGCCGCCAAUGUUUAUAUAAAACUUGAGAAGUAUACAGAUGCUGCAUCUGUCUUCAUAAGGUUGGGCUUAUCAGCUGACAAAUCUAAUGCUACCAAUUCCCAAUGCAAGGCAUAUCUUAGCGCAAUAAUUGUUCACCUUUAUGCCCAUGAUUACAAGGAAGCAGAGAAGUGCUAUAAUGACUGCUAUCAGAUUGAUGCCUUCGUCAAAAGUGACCAAAAUCGCUGUGCUACCAAGCUUCUUGCUGCUUACAGGGAAGGAGACGUUGAAGAAAUCAAGCGGGUUGCUAAUUCCAGCACUGUUUCAAAUCUUGACCAUGUGAUUAUCAGGCUUGCAAGGAAACUGCCAACAGGUGAUGUGAGCGCAAUGAAGGCUGAUGCAGCUAAAGAGGAAGAAGAGGAACCAUUAGAUGAAAAUGAUCUCACUUGAAAAUACUGGUACUGUAUAUAUGAUGUUGUUGUGUAUCUAUUCAUAGAUAAGAAAAAGUUUGGCAACCCCAUUUGAUUGUGUUGAUCAGUAUAUACCAGCUGUUAAAUAAAUAAUUGAUUAAUUUGUGGUGUUCAUUCUGUUUCAGUUUGUGGAAGAAAAAAGCAAUGCGAAUUACAUUUUUAGGGUUGA